AUGGAAGAGGGCAAGAGCUCAAAAACUGGAAAUCAUGACACAAGAAAAUCUGCCCGAAUUGUCUGUGAAGAAAGCAAAGCUGUCAGAGUUACAACCAGUCAAAAUUAUAAAACUAACAAAAAUGACAAAUCUAUAAAAGAAGCUGGGAAAAGUUCUUCAGGUGGGAGCAGUUGCAAAAAGAAUAAGCAAAAUGAUGUUUGUCCUGAAAAGUCAGGAGAAAAUAAAUCAUGUAAGACAAAUAGUUGUAUUGCUGGAUGCAGAGACAUGGGGUCAAAUAUUCAAGAUCAAUGUAAAGCAAAAAGGUUACCAAAUGUACCAGCAGAAGUAGAUGAUCCGAAACAGAUAAGAGCUCAGCACAUGGUUGAAAAUCUUUCAAGCUCCCAUAUUUCAGAGAAUGGUGCUAGCACAGAAAGCUUACCAUCUGCCCAGAGAAGGAGUUCUGAAUUGGAAAAUCCACCUGGAGAUGAUAUAUCCAAAAUUAAUACUAAUCAGCCUGGAGACUCAGUCAAAAGUGGUUUGGAUCUGGGACCAAUGGAACACAAAUCUGAAGACUCCUGUGAGUGCUGGAUUCAGUUUUUAUUUUUAAAAAUCCAACAGUCUGAAAUGCAUUUUGAAUGGCUUUUGCUUUGUGCAUGUUAGUUAUAUCUAUACUGUCAAGUGUGGUAGAAAAAUGUGUUUUGUAAUGUAAGCCCCACAACCUUUAAAAGUACAAAAAUAUUUUUUCUGUGUUUCAGUGCAGAAAUAAUUACAGCUCUGAAAUAAAACAUUCUCUUGCAUUUUGCUCAAUCACUCUAAGUUGUUAUGAUAGUUUCUAAGCAGCUAUUAUGAACCUAGUUUUUAGCUAAUAUAUCAGAAUAGCUUGUUUCACACCCCCCCCAUGUAUGCCUACUCAUACUCCAGGAAGAGGUGAUAAAAUGGAAUGCAGCACAUCAGAUGGCAGGUGUAGGGUCACAUUUUCAACUCCUUCUCUAUGUUAAAAACAAACAAAUAAAACACAUAUGCAUGCAUCCCCAUUCAAAUAGAAAAUUGGCAUACCAGGUGAAGGCCUAGUCAAAUCUUCCUCCUAAGUCUUUAAAGAACAAAACAGGGGCAUAAUUCAAAUGUGGUAUCUCCCACAUGCCGCCUAAAACAUGGCAGUCCAUUUUUCCACCCCAUUCUGUUACAUGUGUAGACCCAGUGUGGAUCAAGUAUAAUGUCACUGCUGUCUCUGUGUGCUAUAGCAUUCAUUUCUUUAUUUGGUUUUUUGUUGUUCAAAUUUUAAAUCCCUCUUAAUCCAAUCAGGAUACCUGGGCAGUUUACAAAAUACUAAUUAAAAGUAAUAAAAGUAUUUUUAAAAUAAUAAUAAUAAUAAUAAUAAUAGCCAAUAAAAACAAAGUAAAACAGUAAAACAACACACAAAUUUGAAAAACAAGUACAGUACGCCGUAUAAAUACAGUAGCAGGUAAUAAGUCCAUGAAGACUUUGGGCAAUCAAUUUCCUCCAAUCACCCGGGUGAGCAGAUGCUAUAGCACUGAACUAUAUGUCUUCAUUUGAAGUGAUGUGUGAACCAGGCCUAAAUAUAACAUGCAACAUGCAAUUGAAGUUUAUAAAACAUUGCAUAUUGGUUUAUAAUAAUAAUAAUUUCAUAUAGUGCUUUCUGAAUUGCUCUACCUGUUACAUUAUCUCGGUAAUUCUAAUAGCUCAAGGGUAUGAUUCUUGUUAAUGACUCUGAGAACAAUCAAAAAAGUUUUACUUUUUAAAAUUCAGCUUUAUUUCUAUGCUUAGUUUCGCAUAAUUAUCAAGGAGAGAGCAUAUUCACAUUUUAGGAUUUCCAAUUUAUUUAAUUUUCUCUUAGUUUAUAUUUAAGGUAGUCUGGAGAAAACAAGUUAAUAAUCAACUUUGCUCCUCCUUUCAUUAGGUAAAAUAAAGAAUUCAGAUUCUGCUAAAGAAGCUAAUUCAGAGGCUGAUUAUUUAGAAAAUAUUGUUGUAAUUGAUGAAUCAACAUUGACAGCCGAACAGCAGCUAGGCUUGAAACAAGCAGAAGAGCGACUGGAAAGAGAUUAUAUUAUUCGCUUGGAAAAAGUAAGUAAACUGUACAUUUUUCUUUUUUAGGUGAUGAUUUUCCCCCACUUACCAUAGUAUGUCACAUAAUUCAGAAGAAAUUAAUUAGCUACUUAAUUUAUUUAAUAACGGUGGAGUGUGAGAUGGUUCUCUUUAAGGAGGUAGAAAGAAUUUCUAGAAAAGACAGAGGCUCAUCCUUUGCUUUUUUCCCCUUAUAGCAGAUGUUGAUUUGCACUGUGUGUUCUCAUCAGUGGGAACACAGAUUAUAUGCUUUUCAUUUCAGUUGGAGUCUAAUCACAUGACAUUUUGGGUGCAUAGUAACCUUGGGGAAAAGGCAGUUGGUCCAUGACAAGCUAACAUUUGUGUGUUUGCCACCACUUGCCUAAUUGAUUUUGGGUCAUGUCAGGAGACAUUAUUUCUGAGCAGUUUUGGAUGAUGUGUAAAAAGCUGAAUUUUGUGCAUGUUAGCCAGUGUGCAUAACCAUUCUGGCAAGUGCUGUGGGUCAAUGUACAGGUUUUUUCAGGGCAAAGAGAAUUUUUCUUUCUUUCUUUAAAAGACUGAAGGCCAGUAAAAUAUCUGCUUUUCGUGGCUUCUUGCCUUUUCUGGGCCCCUUUUCCUUUUUUUAAAAAAAACUUACUUUUUCAUGGGGCUUAGGCUUACUGUGCUUAUUCUUUUUCUAUUUGGCUGGAGAGGCUCAAAGCAGUCUCCCACUUUCAUAUCCAGGGUAGGUCUCACUAUUGCAGAGCUUUGGAAGUACUUUUCUGUUGAACUCCUCAUGAUCCCAAGUCCUUUUACUUGCCUUUCCAUAUACGUCUCUGAGCCUUGGUGCUCUGAAUCUUUCUUUUGCCAAUUCUUCAAACUCUGCCAAGAAUUUUUUCUCUCUUCAUAAUGAGCAAAACUGAGUGCAGGUACUGCAUCUUUUGUUAGGAUUUAGCUGAUUCUAGGUUUCUGGUAUUUUAUGAUUUCUAGCAUUAAACAAGAAGAGCUGUGUUAGUGGCGUCAUGGAAAUAUGAAAAAUAUGAGUCUAAACUAUUUAGAAAUGUGUGAAUAAAUUCUUCAUACGCCAGUGUGAACAGCAAGGACAAUCCCCAUCUACUAUGCUCAUUGCUUAGUAGCAUUUUAUUAUCGUCACAAUGGAAAAUAAAACAGACAUAAUUAAUUGGCUGCUGAAUUUUAAAUGUGUGGUUUUUCCACAGCGCUCUCCAGAGUACUCUAAUUGCCAGUACCUAUGCAAGCUCUGCUUAGUUCACAUUGAAAAUAUCCAGGGAGCUCACAAACAUAUUAAAGAAAAACGUCAUAAAAAGAAUAUCAUGGUAAGUUUUAGAUCAAGGCUUGAAAUUUUUUACCAGAAUUAUACUUACUUUAAUUGCUUCAUAUAACUUCUAAGAAUUAUUGGCCUGAAACCAAAGUAAAUAGUUAAAGCACUGCAAUCAUAAGACUAUAUUGUAGAUGGUGGAAAAAAAGUGUUUUCCUAUUGUCUAUUAUUGUGCAGAUAAUUCUGUCUCUAGCUCCCUCUGCCUGCCCCCAUCUGUUGCACUUAAGAUAUCUUGUUAAACAAAUAAAAAAUGUUAAGCACAUAAAAUAUUAAUUUACAUGAACUGCUUCAGUGCAUCACUGCUGCUCCUCCUCAUCUCGAGACAAAAGGAAAAAUAGAGCUGAAUGUCAUCAGCACAUUUAUAAUAUCCAAAUACUAACAACAUGGGUGACAACACUGAACCUUGCAGUAUCUCUAUAAGAUAAUUCAUGAUGUGCACUGGAGCAAAAGUUGUGCAACCCUAUCUUAUGGUGUUUCUCAGAUAUCUUUAAUGACCUGUUAACAUUAUAUCACUUUCAUGGACAGUUUUUGCUAUAGGCUGGCAUUUACAGGAUUUAAAGAAGCAAAUAAAAAUGGGUUGAACCUGAAAAUUCUUCCAGUGGUAACACUAUUCUUUACCACUCAUAAUAUUUUCAGGAAAAGCAAGAAGAAAACGAACUCCGUGCUCUCCCUCCCCCUUCCCCUGCACAAGUAACUGCCUUGAGUUUUACGCUGAUGGAGGCAGCAAAGGAGCAAGGCAUAUCGGAUAAUGAUUUUAAAAUCCGCCAGGAAAUUGUAUGGGAUAUGGAGAAGAUAAUUCAGCAACACUUACCAGGUACCUAAUGUAGAUUCUUAGUUUUCUUUAAGGAGAUUGUUUGCUUGUUCGCUGAGAAUACAUUUUGGGUCUACAAUCAGUUUGACUUCCAUGUAUUCAAUUGUACAUUAAAAUACCAGUUUGGAAAGUUGUAGUACAGGAUGGUAUUGGUGGUUUCUGACAUUCUUGUAUCUUUACUUUCUCUUCCUUUAUGGAAUAUUAAAAGGUUUGUUGAAGAUUAUUAUUUUAAUUGAGGUUUUCAUGUAAAAAUUUUCAGGCAGAUGAAGCCCAACCUGAUUUUCCAUAGUUUCUCAGAUGUGCAUAAAUGCUUUGCUUCUGAGUAUAUAAAAUGAAUAAUUUUUCUUUUAUGGUUAUAAAGUACUUUAUGGUUAGAAAAGCAGAAAUUUAAGUAUCUUGUUCAUAUUAGGAAAAAACAACAUUGAUUCACUGGCCAUUGCAGAUCCUCUAGUUAGAGACAAAACCAGAACAUAUAGUUGAAUUGAUGAGAGCAAAAUACCCUCAACAUUUGGAUGGGAAAGCAUCACAUUUUCAGUAAUGAAGCUGUCUGUAUCUAAUACCAUUGUCUGGUAAUUGCAUUUUAUAUUGUGUAUUCUUUCCAUACCAGUGCAGUUAAAUGUAACACAGAGAUGUAGUAGACUGACAGAUCAAAAGCUGUCAAGUGUACAGUGUUGUACCUUAUAAUGUGGGAUGACAUUUGACAUAGACAUUUGUCUAUGUUGCACAUGAAGGGUUCCUGUAGCAUCUACCUGCAAUUAAAUAGGUAGCUGUUCAUUCAUCAUACAUAAAAGUGUUGCACAUGUUUCUAAGUAGCAUGGAGUUCAUGCUUAUGCACCCUAGUAUUAAAUACAUUUUUUUCUUAGAAGUAAUCCCAUGAUUACACACAAUGCUAACAUUCAAUGCUGAGAGCAUCUGACUUUAUGGGGGGGGGGGUAGAAUAAAGCCUUUAUCUGUGUCUCUUGUGUGUCUGGACUGGAAGAGACCUGUAAUGGCAUAUGAGUCAAUGCUGUGUCAGUUUGUACUUGUGGGAUUAAUUUGAGCAAACUAUUUAAUUUUUGCUUUUCUAAUCAUAAAACGCCUUAUAACCAGAAUUAAAAUGGUAUUCUUUAUACAGUCAGUAGCAGUAGGACUUAUUUCUUGUAUGUUUGCUUUCAGAUUGCAUCCGUAGUAUUUUGAAAUGGUUAUGAAUGCUACAUGAUUGCUUAUGGAACCCUUUCUUUAUUUUCAGAAUGCUCAUUGAGGAUGUAUGGAUCCUGUCUAACUAGAUUUGCUUUUAAAACUAGUGAUAUUAAUAUUGAUAUAAAAUUUCCCUCCACGGUAAGUUGAAGAAAUGUCUGUGACAUUAUUGAGCUAGAAAUGUUUUAUGUCUAUGGUCUCAAAUAUUUUUCUCACUAGUAUAGCUUUCUGUGAUGUUCUUGACCUGGAAAUAGUAAGUGAGCACUCUCAGAAAGUUCCAUGAUAACCUCCAUUCUUUCUCACUUAAGAGAAACCUUUUCCCCACCAGUUUAUUUAUGAGUUGAUAAAGGAGUGAGAGAGAAUUCCCAAGGAUAGGCCCUGUCCCAACUGGACAGAGUUGGUGGCGCACCCAUAUGCAUGCUUAAACUAGGAGUAACUGGUACACUCACAAUGGCAUAGCUGUAGCAUAAUUAGGGAUCUCUUCAUUGUACAUAACUGUUGAUUAGAUUCAGGUUCCAGAAGCAAGCACAUCUGGGUCUCUGGGCCCUGUUGGUACAUGUAAAGACCCUGUACUGUGCUUGUUAUGCAGGUAAGCAGAGGUCUGGAUCAUACCUGUGACUAUUAAUAAUACAAUUGCCUUCCUUCUUUUGAUAGAAUUAAAAUGAGAGUAAAAUAACCUUCUUCCUCAUUAUUUUAGAUGAGUCAUCCGGAUGUUCUGAUACAGGUGCUUGAUAUUUUGAAAAACAGCGGUAAGAGCUCUCCCCCCCCCCUUCUUCCUCACUUACUUCAUAUUCAGAUUUAUUUAAAAUGUUUAUAUGCUGCUUAAGUUUCUGCAUUGCUAAACAGUGUCCAUAAAAACAAUAAUAGAUAAUGGGGUGAGAAACAAAAAAAAUUUAUUGUAAUUAAUUCUGGGUAUCUAAUAGAGGACAUAGUAACCUUCUAAUUGCUUAUAUUACCCAGAUAGAUUUGAAUCAGUUUGAGAGAACUAUGGAAGAUUCUUUUAUUUCCUGAUAUGCUCUUCUGUUUUUCCUCUUACAGCUUCUUACUCUGAUGUGGAAUCAGAUUUCCAUGCCAAAGUUCCUGUUGUUUUUUGUAAAGAUGUUAAGAGGUUUGUGUACUUUUGUUUUACGUGUUCAAGUUAAAAGGAUUAUUGAUGAGACACCAUCUUACGUUUGGCAUUUUACAAUCGAUUACAAAGGAUAGAAUGUAGUUCUUUACUUUGAAGCUAGCUCCAGAACUGCUUCCUCCAUUUUCCAGGUGUAGGAGCUUCUUACAAAUAGCACAGAAACAACAAAGAGUACAGUUCACUCAAAAUUUUAAGCACUUUCAAAGUCCUGUUGAUUUCAGUGAUACUUUUGAGCAUUUGCCCCACCCUUCUAUUGAAAAUGUUGAGACUUAAAAUGCAUAAUGUUUUGGCUGGAUAAAUAGAUUUCAGUAUCUGCGGUAAGCAAUCAGCAUGAGGAAAGAAACCAAUGCAAGACUAAACAUAUAUGCUGAGAACUGCAUGUUUUUCUUUUUGAUCACUCACUGAGGGACAGUGGUUUAACUUGCAACUUUUCUUAAAAUUUGUUUCAAUCUCAGUGGUUUAACUUGCAAAGUAAGUGCUGGAAAUGAUGUGGCCUGCCUUACAACUGAUCUGCUAGCUGCGCUUGGCAAACUGGAACCAGUUCUCGUUCCUUUGGUGUUGGCUUUUCGUUACUGGGCUAGAGUAAGUUUUAAAUGAACAUAUUUAUUCCUUGCAUGUGUACUUAAUAUGUACAUGCAAUAACCUUUUACAAUGCUGAAAUGAACCUGUACAGAUUAGAUUAGAUUAGAUUAAUUCUAAAAUGAUAUCUCUUUUUCUGAAUCGGAAAUAAUACAGUAUUUGGAUAAAAUGCAAAAGGCUGAGCACAGAGCCUCCAUGUACAGUUUAAGGCUUCUGGAUGUGCCUUGGCGCUUCUCAGGCAUCCCCUUCUCACUGAAGCUCCUUGUACUCUCUAAAAGAUGCACUGGAAUAUCAGAGGACCUUUUAGCUGCCUCUGGAAGUGGAGCUCUGGAAAUGUUUAUUGUACAUUCUACAUAGAGGAAUAUUUGAAUCUUUUUUUUCUAUCCAAAUUGUGUUACAUCUUUUUUUGUACAGGCAGUGACUAUUUUGCAUGUGUCUGAUUGACACACAACUGCCAACGCACAGGCCGUUUUGGACCCGGAAGAGGGAGGAACUGGGGUGGGCUUAUGUGUGCUCUGUCAACACGCACAGGGACAAGGCACCAAACCCCUGUGCAAAAUGGUCACCACCUGUACCUGAAGUAGACAAUUUAAUUCUACAGAUAGGGAAAACAAUAUACUGAGAGGGAAAUUAGCAUCUCAAAGGUGAAAAGAUGAGCUAAGUCUUGAAUUGAGGGAAGAUUCAGUUGAUGAAAGAAUGAAGUAGUGCAGUUCAUAGCUUGAGUAAGCAUAGAAAAGAAUGGGUAAUAUCAAAGUUACCCUCAUACUCAAAGUAGACUCUAAUUAAAACUUGUGAAUAUCUGGAUUUAAUGUGUGUCUUCCAUGUAAUCCAUGUUUAUGUAAAUGGGAAACUGGCUGGAUGUUGUCCAGGUCAACUGAUUAAGUGAAUGUGUAUUAGAAGUAUUAAUAAUAUUUAAAAUGACCACUGUUUAAUUUUUUGUACUUUUCCACAUUGGUUUAUAGAUAACAGACAUUUGUUUGUUUGUUUGUUUUACUACAUUUGUAUCCUGCCUUUCUUCCAUCUUGGAAUUUAAGGUAGAUUACAUAGGGUUCCAAAGGCAGAGCACAGACCUGCUUAGCAUCAGUAAGGUUGUUGUUUUAUAUGCCUUCAGACCUGGUUAUGUAGGCCUUUAUUCUAUGACUGGAAAAAAUGCUGGCUAAAUUCAAAAUUUGCAAGAUCUACUAUGUGUUGCUGGAAAUAUAUACAAAGCACCAAACGAAGACCUUUCUUCUCCCUUUUUGUAGUUGUGCCAUAUUGACUGCCAGGCAGAAGGCGGGAUACCCUCAUAUUCUUUUGCCUUAAUGGUGAUAUUUUUCCUUCAACAAAGAGAACCACGUAUACUACCAUCAUAUUUAGGCAACUGGGUAAGUUGGUUUUUUUUAAAAAAAAAAAUGCAAGUGAAGUGUCUGGAUUCAAAUAAAUUUGUGAUUAGUUCUGUGGACCCAAAUAAGGAAGUCAGAACUUUCCACAGGAUCUAUCUAAAGUAGCUUUUGUAACUCCAUUGGCAAUUUAUAUCUAAACAUAAUUUAUAGCAUAAAAUAAAUGCUUAUAUAUUUGAAUGUCUUAUAUGUAUAACACUUGCUCUUGUUCUUUGAAAAGGCUUCUGUUUUAUUUAUUUUGCAUUGUUUAGAUUGAAGGUUUUGAUUCUAAGAAGGCUGAUGAUUACCAGCUGAAGGGCAUAGAAGAUGAAAAAUUUAUAGUGUGGGAAUACAAACCAUCAAACAAUGGAGCAGGGAAAAAUUUGAAUGGUGUAGAAGGCAAAGCUAAAGGUGAACAGCACAGAGGUGGUAACAAGAGUGCAGCAUCCUUAGAAACAGACACCCAAACUAAUCCAAAGGAGAAGAAUGGCAAGGUAAGCGAGUCUGUUUAAAUGGAAAUUAUUCUUUUCUUUCUUGACUCUUUUCUUGAUAAAAUUUAAUGACCAAAGAACCAGAAAUUUAAGCUUCCAUUUUCUGCUUCUUUCAGUCUCCUUUAGCAUUGGAAACACCACACCAGAUAUCUCUGGGACAACUGUGGUUAGAAUUGUUGAAGUUCUAUACACUGGAAUUUGCUUUGGAAGAAUAUGUUAUCAGCAUACGGGUACAAGAACUUUUAACCAGAGAGAACAAAACCUGGCCUAAAAGGCGAAUAGCCAUUGAAGGUGGGGCACUGCAUUUUGUAAAGAGACUUUGGGAACUCUUGCCUUACUUAUCUAACUUUUUGUAGAUAAAACACUGUAUUAUGCUACAUUAGCUACAAAUGUGAAAAAUACAGCUUUUCUUUGUAUAACUGUCAUAUACUUGACUUUGUUGACUGGCACUCAUCUGCCCAUAAUAAUUUGGAAAGGUUAGUUUAAAAAGUUUACUUUGAAUUUGUAUUCAAAUAUAUCUGUAGUUAAAUAUAUUGUAUUUCUAGAGGAGAAAUGGACUCAAGUUGCUGGUCUUGAACUAUAAGCAAUAAUUCUAUUGAGGCAGGAAACAUGCCAUUCCCUUUUAUUCAUUUUUUUAUGCCAGAAUAUUGUGGCUGGAGAUAAAUCCCUAAUGAGUGAUAGCCUGGUUAUUCCUGUAUUUUUUUUAUAUUAGGCCCAGUUCAUAUGCAAUGCCAAGCCAAACCAUAGGUAAAAGUGAGUGAGCAUGCAGGUAUUCAGAGGGAAAAAUCACAGCUGGUUUGCUCCAAAAUUGGUCCUGCUGCUGCUAUGGUUUGGCUUUAGCAUUAUAGAUGAACCACCUGUAGACAAAGAUGGUUCUUGGCUUACCACUUACCCGGGAAGACAAACGGUACGCCUGAGUUUGGACGUUACAUUAAGUGAAACCAUAGCUUAGCUCUGGGUAGCACAGCAGUAGCAGGACCUGGGGAGGAGCAAAGCAGCUCUGUUUUUUCUUCUAAGUAUCUUCACACUCGCUUGUUCAUGUGUAGCCAUGCUUUAACUCAGUGUUACGUGUGAACCAAACCACAAUACUCAACAUUGUAAGAAAAAUGGUAAUAUUCAAAUAAAGUUAUUCUGCAUAAAAUCUAUGGAUAAGAGUAUAAUAUUUACAUAAUUUCAGAUCAGGGUUGUGACCUGAUUAAUGAAAUCACAUGAGGUUUUUUCAGAUUUAAUUAUAUUUAUUAUGUUUUAUAUUUAUUAAGUUUGAAGGGUUUGCAUUGCAACCAUGGGGUAAAAGGCAAGAUAGAAAUACUGCAAAUAAAUAAAAAUGAGAAAAAGUUAAUAUGAAGGAGAAAGCUAAAAAGGGGGUACUUUCUUUGUUUUAAGACGAUUCAGGCAUAUGUCCAACAGGAAUAAUUUUGAGAAGCAUACAUGCUUGCAUAUGGAAUGCCAUUUUUUAAUAUGGCAGUUCCCAUCUGCAGGUUUUUUUAAUUGCUUUCAAAAAAAUUUUAUAAAAAAGGUGUCAACUGAUUAACCAGGUACACCUUUUUAGUAAAAUGAAAAUGUUUUCAAUAAUUACACUUUAAGUGAUUAAUAAAGUAAAAUGUUGCAGCCCUAUUUAAAAUAUCGUAUGUUGAUAUUGUACUUGAAGGUCCUAUUGAACAACAGCAGCAAACGUAUUACUGGUUUGUCUUUUUAUAGAUCCUUUUGCACUAAAAAGAAAUGUUGCACGGAGCCUGAACAGCCAGAUGGUAUUUGAGUAUAUCCUGGAAAGGUUCAGGACAGCAUAUAAAUAUUUUGCAUGUCCACAGAAUAAAGAUGGGAGUAAGUCUAAACUGGAUACCAAGAAGAAGGAAAAGGGGAAAAUUGGUAGCAAAAAAACUGGAGAACCUGUAACCAACUGUUGCCUUCCCCAGCAGGCCAACAUUACAGAGAAACAGAACACAGGCCAUGCUUGUAUUAUACAAGAGUCUAAUGAAUGUAGUGAAAUGGAACCUACAUCCAGGAGAUGUACUGAGAACUUGGAAAGUUUACUGGUAAAAAAGCCAGAAAUUGAAAACAUAGACUCUCAAGACAAAGAGGAAACUGUGUCCCUAAGUACUAAUGAAUGCUGUGAACUACAACAGAAAUCUAAAGCAAAGAACGAUCAAGAGCCUUCAGAUGAAGAGGAACUAAGCCAACAUUGUGUUUUUAGUGAACAUAGGUCUCUUGAUGCAGAUUCUGUUAGUGAAUUAUCUGAUGCUGAAAGUCUGCAGAUUUCAGUAACGGAGUAUCCACAGAAGAGUAUGUGCUCAGGCACCAGCACAUCAGCUACCUCGCACAACUGCAAAGCAGUAGCAGAAAUUCAAGACAGUAAAGAUGAAGUCACUACAGAAGAUAUGCAUUAUGUGUUUGAUAAAUUUAUUUUGACUUCUGGAAAGGUAAAGCAGACUCAAAACUUACUUUAACUUUUUAAAAUAAAAUGUUUUCUCUAACCAUGUUUUAAGAUCAUUGCUAAAGAAAUGUUUUUGUCAGCGAACUGAUUCCACUGACUCUCAUUACCAGACAAAGACCCUUGAUAUUUGCUAGCUAUAUGGCAAUGAUGCCUUCCUCUCAAUUUUUCUUUAACUAAAGGCUGAACAGAAUGAAUCUGCUAAAGCCAUAGUUCCCAACAAUUUGUUCCAAAAGUUUUAGACAUUUAGACAAAUCUCUCUUGACAUUUUUAAGUGUCAAGUUGUUCCUACUUGACUUAACCUUCACUGCAGUGAAACCUAAGGACAGCGAGGAAUCUCUUGAUGAAAGAAGAAUGAAUCUGCCUUCAUUAAGCUUCAGUCCUUUCUACCAGGCCAGCUUUCUUCAGAUAACUAAAGCGCUUCUUUUAGAGGCAGAAGGGCCACUUUCUAACAUUCUUCCAGAAGCCAAGAGUUGUUGAAUUCACAGCAGAGCACUUUAUGGAUUCUCUGUAUUUUCCUUUGGUUUGAUGAAAUCAAAGAGAAACAUAAUAGUGCUAGAGAGAAUGCCUCUGUCUUACCUCUAAAGCACAUAUUUCUUGAAAAAGUAUAUUUUAAUCUCACUUUCAUGUGAACUAGUUUCAUUCCUGAACUAGUUUUAAAAAACCACCCACAGUAGAUAAAGCCUUUAUGUAUUGUAGCAGCGUUUAGCGUUUUGACCACUAUUCAGAGUUUCUGGAUUUUUUGUGAGCUAUUAUGCAGUAAGGACUAAAACUCAAAAUGCUAUGUAAGUCUUUCACUCCACCCUCAAACCUACAUGUGGUUUUUCUCCAUCUUUCCCAUUCGUUUCUUCUUUCUUGGGCUAGGAACUUGUGCAGUUUGGGUGCAGAGGUAGUAAAUAUUGAACAGUUUUAUCAUUGGACAAGGCAGGGGACCCGGGACUAAUUGCAGCAUUAUUUGAACCAUCUGAGGAAUAUUAAAUAUAUAUGCAAAUUUGCUGCCUUCUUAACAUGUGAAACAGGCUUGAAAAGAUAGCGACUCCCCUAAAACCAGUGAGCUUGCUGCUUGCAUCUUGUACUUUUCCCGUUGGAACAUUGUUGUUGUUUAGUCAUUUAGUCGUGUCUGACUCUUUGUGACCCCAUGGACCAGAGCACGCCAGGCACUCCUGUCUUCCACUGCCUCCCGCAGUUUGGUCAAGCUCAUGUUAGUAGCUUCGAGAACACUGUCCAACCAUCUCGUCCUCUGUCGUCCCUUUCGCCUUGUGCACUCAAUCUUUCCCAACAUCAGGGUCUUUUCCAGGGAGUCUUCUCUUCUCAUGAGGUGGCCAAAGUAUUGGAGCCUCAGCUUCAGGAUCUGUCCUUCCAGUGAGCACUCAGGGCUGAUUUCCUUAAGAAUGGAGAGGUUUGAUCUUCUUGCAGUCCAUGGGACUCAAGAGUCUCCUCCAGCACCCUAAUUCAAAAAGCAUCAGUUCUUUGGUGAUCAGCCUUCUUUAUGGCCCAGCUCUCACUUCCAUACAUCACUACUGGGAAAACCAUAGCUUUAACCAUACGGACCUUUGUCAGUAAGGUGAUGUCUCUGCUUUUUAAGAUGCUGUCUAGGUUUGUCAUUGCUUUUCUCCCAAGAAGCAGGCGUCUCUUAAUUUCGUGAAUGCAGUCACCAUCUGCAGUGAUCAUGGAACACAAGAAAGUAAAAUCUCUCACUGCCUCCAUUUCUUCCCCUUCUAUUUGCCAGGAGGUGAUGGGACCAGUGGCCAUGAUCUUAGUUUUUUUGAUGUUGAGCUUCAGACCAUAUUUUGCACUUUCUUCUUUCACCCUCAUUAAAAGGUUAUUUAAUUCCUCCUCACUUUCUGCCAUCAAGGUUGUGUCAUCUGCAUAUCUGAGGUUGUUGAUAUUUCUUCCGGCAAUCUUAAGCUUGGGAUUCAUCCAGCCCAGCCUUUCGCAAGAUGAAUUCUGCAUAUAAGUUAAAUAAGCAGGGAGACAAUAUACAGCCUUGUCGUACUCCUUUCCCAAUUUUGAACCAAUCAGUUGUUCCAUAUCCAGUUCUAACUGUAGCUUCUUGUCCCACAUAGAGAUUUCUCAGGAGACAGAUGAGGUGAUCAGGCACUCCCAUUUCUUUAAGAACUUGCCAUAGUUUGCUGUGGUCGACACAGUCAAAUCCAUGAAGGAGCUGUUGGAACAUACUGCAUAUCUUUAAGGAAAAUAACACUUUUUAAAAAAUAUAUUUUAAAGUAAAACAUUUUUGUUCGUUUCUUCCAUAGCCACCAACUAUAGUAUGCAGUAUCUGCAAAAGGGAUGGCCAUUCCAAAAAUGACUGCCCGGAGGAUUUUAAGAAAAUUGAUCUAAAACCACUACCACCAAUGACAAGUAGAUUUAGAGAAAUACUUGAUCUAGUAUGUAAAAGGUGUUUUGGUAAGCAAAGUUUUGCUAUUCUGACCUGGUUGUGAGUUCUAUUUCAGUAGUUAAUAAUAGGGUACUGAACUCUAACCACAUUAAUCUGGGAUUUUCCCUGCUUAAAUCAGUGGAAAGAAAGCAUUCUUAUGUGAUUGGAAGUAGUGUAUACUCAUAUGUUCUAGUUUACAGUAAGGUCAUCAGGAUGUUUUAGACUUUGCAGUGGGUUUGGCAAAUGUAAGUUUCCAAAGCGUCAAGGAAUUGCAUGGUUUUGUUAACCAAGGUAUCUUUAGUAAUGGACAGAUUUUGCAGGGCCAACACAUAAGUUUGUUUCUUCUUUUGCUUUCCUUUCAGGGGUUUAGUCUGAUAUUUAAGAUGAUAUGGUUGCAUCCUAAAUGUAAAAUACCAUCACCAGAUGACUUUAAUGAAUUACAGGGAUCGGUAAAAUAUUCAGUGAGAGAAAUGUUUGAGGAUAUUUAAUUCUGACACUUGGAUGUUGCUGAAUGGCUCACUUAGGUUUUUGUUUGUUUAGAUGAAUUAUCGCCUCCUUUCUCAGAGCAACAAAACCGAGAACAGAUUCUGGCAAGUUUGGAAAGAUUUAUUCGAAAAGAAUAUAAUGGUACGCAACAGGAAACUUUUAAAAACAUCCAAUUUAUUUGUUAUUUUGCAGUUGUCCAAGAGAGUUAUUUUCUAAUUGUAUUCAUUUAUUACAUUGUAUACCAUCUUUCCUUGCACUUGAGAACAAAACAUUAUAUACACUAAUACUCAAACCAAUGUUUUAUAUUAUUAUAAGAACAAUACAAAAAAAAGAAGCAUUAAAAAAGAAGGAUUUAAAAUCAAUAUUGGCAGCAAGUUAAUAGAAGAUAUUAAUUUUUGAAGUUAAGUGCAUGUGCAAUAGUUCCUUCCUCACUUGGAUCUUUCCCUGGCAGACAGGUAUCUGCAGGCUGAGAUUAUAUAUCAGCCAGCUGAUGCCAAGGAAAAUCUAGUUUGCCAUGCCUCAUUCUUUAGGAAGAGAUCCUAAAUGUUUUCAGUAUGGAGAAGAAGGUUAGAAAAGGAGUUGGCAUCAAGCCCAUUACCACAAAUGAGAAAUUGAGGGAACUGACAAACAUACUGAGUAACAAUAUUAAAACAAGAAUCAAGAUUUGUACAUUAAUAGAACUUGAAAAAUAGUCUAAAGAAAUCAGAAAUGUGUUUUUCCUCACAUCUUGAAUUUAUUUAUUACUGAAAAGUGAUGGAAUAUAUGGGCAUUAAAACAUGCUUUGUUUGGGGCACUGGAAAAACUAUUGUGUCUGGCAGAUGUGGCAAGAUGACACUUGGGUGGUUAUACUGGGUCUGCAAUAAUCUGAAUCAUAUUGCUUAUUUUGUCUUACAAAAUGUAGUGGAAUAUAAAUUCAGUUGUUCUCGAAUUUUGUGGAAGUUUAAAGUUAAUGUACAAUCUGUUACAUUUUGAAUGAGUCUAAAGUUAUUAUUUAAAAAACCCUCUUUCAUUUGAUCAGACAAGGCCAGGCUGUGCCUGUUUGGCUCUUCAAAAAAUGGAUUUGGAUUUCGUGACAGUGACCUGGAUAUUUGCAUGACACUAGAAGGCCAUGAAAAUGCAGAGGUAUUUUAUUGUUUCUUUUAUUUUAUUUAUUCAGUUUGUAUACUGCCCAUCAUCCAAAGAUCACUGGGCAGUUCACAGCAUUAAAAGACAAAAUGAGAACACAAAAUACAUAAUACAGUGGUGCCUCAGGUUACAAAUGCUUCAGGUUACAAACUCUGCUAACCUGGAAGAGUUACCUUGAGUUGAGAACUUUGCCCCAGGAUGAGAAUGGAAAUCAUGUGCCGGCGGUGCAGCGGCAGCAAGAGGCCCCAUUAGCGAAAGCACGCCUCUAGUUAAGAACAGUUUCAGGUUAAGAAAGGACCUCUGGAACGAAUUAAGUUCGUAACUAGAGGUACCACUGUAAAACAAAAACAAAAGGGAAACAAACCAGACACCCCUCUUCCACAGACACAUUUAAAAGGCCAUAGAAUCGGCCAAAUGCCUGAUUAUAGAUAAGCUUUUUUGCCUGAUGCCUAAAGGUAAUGUAAUGAAGGCACCAGGUGAGCCUCCAUGGGGAGAGCAUUCCACAAAUGGGGAGCCACUGCAGAAAAGGCCCAUUUCUGUGCUGCCACUCUCCAGAUCUCUCAUGGGGGAGGCACCCAAAGAAGGGCCUCAGAUGAUGAUUGCAGGGUCUUGAGUCGUUUCAUAUGGGGAGAGGUGGUCCUUGAGAUUUUGUGUUCCUGAGAUGUUUAAACCUGCUCUUUGGAGUUCUUUUUAAAAUACAUUUUAUAUAGUUGAAGGAAGAUUAUUGUAGCAUGUAUGUUCAAAGUACUUGGUUACUCUGAAUUCUUUGUGGGAAUAUGUAGGUAACACAGGCUUUUUAUUUAUUUCUCCCAGAAAUUAAACUGUAAGGAAAUUAUUGAAAAUUUGGCAAAGAUUCUUAAGAAGCAUCCAGGUAUGUGUAUGGAACUUUGUGCUGCUUUUAUGCAUUUUUGUGUGUUCUUUGGCUAUGGGGAGUAUUUAACAUCUUGAAACCUUAUCUUAUCAGGUUUAAGAAAUAUCCUGCCUAUAACAACAGCCAAAGUGCCUAUAGUAAAAUUUGAGCACAGACGAAGUGGCUUAGAAGGGGAUAUCAGUUUAUACAAUACACUGGCAAGUAUCAUCUUCAGUACACCUGUAUGUAUCACUCCUUUAAAUUCAUCAAGAGCUGUUAUUCAGAGGGCAUAUGGGCCUGCAAUUGUUGGGAUCCCACACAUUGCUUGGAAGUGUGAUCUCUUCCUCUGAAUUUGUUUUUGGCUAUGUUUGUGACCUGCCUGAAAUUUUGUAAGAAUGUAAAUAUGCAUUGUUUUGCAACAUUUCUUAUGUUCAGUCUGCAAAUUGAAGUGUGCCUGAUACCCAAAGCUUGAUACCCAAACCAUUGUUUUAUAGGCACAGCACAACACAAGGAUGCUUGCAACAUAUGCAGCCAUUGAUCCGAGAGUACAAUACUUGGGAUACACAAUGAAAGUUUUUGCAAAGGUAAAUAUAAAUAACGUGCAACUUUAGCUUAUUGCCAUGUGUGCUCAGUGGUUUCUGUCCCCAAAAGGUGAUGACAGUUCAACUUGUUUUUUAAAUGGUUUUCUGAACAGUUACAAUUCUGGAAGCUUAUGAAAUUUCUGAUUUCAAGCAGCGUCUGAUAUUUCUGCAGAAGCUACUAAUAGUAUAUAUAAUCAUAUUGGCCUAUACAAAAUUAGGUUUUCAAAGUCCCUGUUGAUGGUUGGAUUAUAUCUGUUUGACAGAUUACUUGAGCUGCAAUAAUGGAAUGUGGGUUUAUAUGUUGGCUUUAGAACUAGGUAUAGUAAAUUAGUGCCCCAUUAAUCCAAAUGAAAUCCAUAGUUACCAGGAUCUAAAGCUGUACUUUAAUCCGUAGUAGGAUUUUUUCUUUACCUUUUCCCUUGAAGAGCAGACAUACAUGCCAUAUAUGAUAUUUGAACUCUAAUGAGUUUCAAAAGUGGGUACUGCUGCUUUAGAAGCAUGUCCACUGUCAUCAGGGGCAUGUGGAAGAAGUCACACAAAUGAGCCCUUUCAGAAAUAGUAUCCUUGUGCCUGUUUGACUUAGGUUAUGUUUUAGUGCAUGCCAGAGGCUGACAAUAUCAUUCUCAGAAACGGCAGCAUCACAAAACACUUCUUUUCUUUUUUCAUUGUUAUAUCUUGUUAAAUGCUCACUAUAUUCAAAAUGUAUUUGACCAGCGCUGUGAUAUUGGAGAUGCAUCCAGAGGAAGUCUGUCUUCAUAUGCCUAUAUCCUAAUGGUGUUAUACUUCUUACAACAGAGAGAUCCACCAGUAAUCCCAGUUCUUCAAGAGGUAGGUUUUCAGGAAAAUGUGCUUUGGAAGAUUGGCUAGAGAAUCAUGUUUCUUUUCAGUUCAUUUUGUAUGUGAGGCCAGUUUUGACUCUUGUUUUUCUGGAGAGUUGUUGAAGUUGCAACUGCAUAUCUCCCAUGCCACUUCACGGGUUCUGUCUUAUCACACUGAGCCACUCUUCCAGCUUCUUCACACAUCACAGAAUUCAACUGCAGAAGGAAUUAAUGUGCUCCUCAAUAUUAGUUUAAAAGCAGCAUACAUAAUAAUUGCACACAAGAGAUUGUUUUGCUUUUCAGAUGUGAAAUAUAUGUGUGGGCAAUCAUUGUAUUUGAUGCUUUGCCUUGAGUAGCAUAUUAAUUCCAACAGAGAAGUACUUUUUAUGUCAGAACUUUUAUUACCUGUGAAGCUGUUAUAAAUGAGGAAAAAUGUGAGCAUUCUCAAGCAAAGUAGUGCACGAAGUGUUCUUUAUCUUGAUUAUUUUUAAAAGUUAAAAAUGGUAAGCUAUUGAUUUGAACUCCACCCAACCCUUAACCAAAUUGAGGUGUCACAAACAGGUUUAGUGCAAGUCUCCUUUUGAGCAUAUGUGGACUGCAUUCCUAUCACCACUAAGUAAUGUAAUAAUCAUUUGCCUCCCUGCCUCCACUCCCACAAUCUGGCAUUUCAGGUCAAGGAAGGCAUGUGUCCCAGCAUUGUUUCAAAACUAACUGUUAAUGGUUUGCAAAUACAUCCAUCUGGGCCCUAGUAACAUUUUCUGUGAUAUUUUCAUCCUUUUCAAAAGAGAGAAUACUUUCUGAUGUUGGGUUUGUUCAUUACCCCCUCCUCCCCCACCCCACCCCAUUUUCUACCUUUAUUCUUCAUGGUGUUUUAGAUAUUUGAUGGACAACAGAUCCCUCAGAGAAUGGUUGAUGGGUGGAAUGCUUUCUUCUUUGAUGAUACUGAAGAACUGGUAAUGUUCUAAUUCUGGAAUAGUACUUGAGUUCUUAGCUGUAGUAGUAUUAUAUCACAAGUACAUAUACAUGCUUAAUUAUUUUUUUUAUAAGAGCACCAGCAAUAUAUUUGGCAUUACACAAAUGAAAAACAAAACACCUUUCUGCAGAAUCUGUUGGAUAAGGGAAGGGUAAAGAAAUGAAGAGCUGAAAGUCUCAGAAGUACAAAAUUAGAUAGUGGCAGCAAUAGCUUUAAAAAGUUAUAGAAUUAGCUUUUUGGCAACUGUUAAACAGGAAAUGUGCCACUUUGGUUUUUGGUUACAGAAAUAGCACAGGGCUAUUUUUCUUGCCAAUCCCAGCAUUCAUCUUCAGCAAAACUGUUUGUAAGACUCUUCUACAAACAAAUUUAACUUGUUGUACCCAGCUCAUGUGUUGUGGUUUUCAUAGACAUCUGUUUGCUACUGAGAAUAGGAUGCUUGACUAGACCUGUCUGUGGUCUGAUCCAGCAAGGCUUUUCUUAUGCUCUCAUGCCUAUUUAGUCCUGAUGAUCACUAGUAAGCAAGAUGCUCAGUCAACAUAUAGUGCAAAAUGGAAGUGGGCUAGUCUGUAUACCAUUUAGGUUGAAUUUCUCUUUUCAAUGCUUCUUAUAUUCAGUGAAUUAUCUGCCUCUGCAGUGAGCACAUUAAGAGAGGAAGUAGCCUUACCUGAACUUGCACAGGUAGAGAGUUUCCUAUGAAUGUAAAAGAUACUUUUAUUCCUUUUCCCUGCUACCACAUAGAUGUACAUUCAGGACGGCCCAGCUUUGCAAUAGAUAGAUGCCACAUACUUCACAAUGUGUUACUUUGGAACCAUCCCAAAGUUAAAAGUAUUACGUUCACAAUAAAGUACUUUAUCUGCUAUAACUUUUAUACAGAAAAACCGUUUACCUUCUCUUGGGAAAAACACAGAAUCACUGGGAGAACUCUGGUUAGGGUUACUGCGAUUUUACACUGAAGAGUUUGACUUCAAAGAAUAUGUCAUCAGCAUUCGUCAGAAGAAGCUGUUAACCACAUUUGAGAAACAGUGGACGUCCAAAUGCAUCGCCAUUGAAGGUACUUAUGGAAUAUCUAACAUAAAGGAUAUAUCCCCCUGAAAGAAUUUAUCAUUUAUAAGUGAACUUCUAUUAAUGUUAGUGAAAAUGUACUUGCCUGUCUUACACCAGCAGUAUUUGUUAACAGCAAAAUUCAGUGCUGUUGGAAUUUUUUUUCCUGCUCCUUUAAUACUGUUUUUAUUUCUUCUGUUCAGAUCCUUUUGACUUGAAUCAUAACCUGGGUGCAGGAGUAUCCAGAAAAAGUAAGACUUGAAAAAUGUUCUACUCAGUGUUAAUAAAUUUCUAAAGUGACACUUCCUUAAUUGCUUUUUUCUCUCCUUUCACAGUGACCAAUUUCAUAAUGAAGGCAUUAAUCAAUGGGAGAAAAUUAUUUGGUACUCCUUUCUAUCCGGUGCUGGGAAGAGAAGCUGUAAGUUUUCUUAUUUUGUAACUUGUACCUUUAUUGCAUUUCUAUGGGUCCUUUUGAGUACAUGUAAUUUAAUUUCAUAAUUGGUUUAGUGAUCUUGGUCAUAAUUGUUAAUCAGUAGGACUGAAAACUCAAGGCUUAACAGUUAGGUCUUAACAGAACCCUAAAAUAUCAAGUUGGUUCUUUUAUUUCCAAGAUAUAUUACUUACAUUUUGUGUAUGUUUGUAUUGGUGUUGAACAAACAACAGGAGGAUAUGAGAACUCCCACUUUUAGGACUGUGUUUAACACAGUUUCUCACAGCUUAUCUUGCAUAAACAUGCAAGCAUACACUGAAUGUCUUACUCUUGGGCUCAGUUCUAAUGAACUGUUGCUCCUCCUUUCCUCCCUCUCUGUCCUUCUUCCAGACACUUGAAUUUCAAGUCAUGUACCUCAGACAAAUAGCUAAAACUUAUGCAUUCAAUCCCAGGCUGCUAGUCAACAGUUGAGAAUAGUGUAGAGUAAAUGCUAAUCUUAGUUCCUCGUGACCACGACGAUUAGGUUUUGCAAAACUUGAAAGUUUGUAUUUAGUUGGUUUGUUAGGGUAAAAUAUAUUGCUUGUUUCACUUACUUUGUAUUUCCUGGAAAAAUAAGGCUAUAAAAAAUCCUGUCUGGUAUUAUUACAAAUAUAUUUUACUUGACUGUAAAUAUGAAAAUCUCAACCUUGUCUUUUCUUCUUAAUGAAUGCCUUACUUAGUAAGAUAUGCAACUGCUGUUUCUCCCUCCUUUCCCCCCUGUUCCCCAUUUCUCUUCAAAGAAAGUGAAUACAGAGCGCUUGUAGGUAAUAGCUUGUUUUCCCCCUUGUAGGAGUACUUUUUCAACUCUAAAGUAUUGACUGAUGGAGAACUGGCACCCAACGACAGGUGCUGCCGUGUCUGUGGCAAAAUUGGUCAUUACAUGAAGGACUGCCCCAAAAAAAGGAGGUUGGGAAAAUAAACACAUGGCUAGUUUAAAAAUGUUUAUGCGGAAUGCAAGAGAACAGAAGAAAAUAAUUUUGUUUGCCUCAAGGAAUGCACCUUAUUCUUUUAAUUUUUCUUUCAAAAACUGUUUUUAAGAAAAUCACUUUAUCUUUCCAUUGAAGGAACUCUUAACUAGGCAGAGGAGUUGGUGUAAAACAGUGCUAAGUAUUCUAGUGAAUUACUUGUGUAUUUUUCCAUGUGUUUUCAUGAACAAUACCAUAAAUGUUCUGUGCUUUGAAGGGUAAGUGCAGUGGCUACUUGCCUAUGAUAAAGCAAAGGGUAUGGGAGGAACCAUGUGUGGCAAUUCAGAGCUGAGGUUAACUUGAGGGACCAUUUGAGUCCUGUAGGCUUUGGAUGAAAUUGCAGCAAACAGUACAUCUCAGCUUUCCUCAGCUUACUGAGCAGUACAAACUUCCUUUGCACCAUGCUGCAGUGGGUGGGAAAGGGUUGGAUUAGGCCCUGCUGACCUGCACUGGAUUCUGACUGCCAAAUGACACCCGCAUCACUUUCCUUUUCUGCCCACUGCUUAGGUAGGUGGAAGACCCUAUGAUGGGAUCUCACAGUGGCAGCUAACAAAAAGACCAGAAACAUAGCUUUCUGGGUUCUGGGCUAAGCCAGCCAGAAAUCCAUUGCAACCCAAGCCAGCCCUAGGCCAUCAGGGGCAGUGUGUGCACCAGCUUCAGACAGGUGCCCCCCACCUUCUGCCCAGCUGGAAUGUGCAGCAGCUCUGUAAAGCCACCGCCAUGUUUUGGGUGAUGCAAUUCCCAGUUUUUUGUCCACACAGGGACAUUGAAAUGAAUCUUAAGGCUUUGGCUGCCUUUUUGAAAGCCACACAGCUUCAAGGAUACUUUUAAGCAAUGCUUGCGUACCUGUCCCCAUUUAGAGUGAAGAAAAAGGAGAAUGAGAGAGAUGACGAAAAGGAAGUCAAGGAGGAAGACAGAGAGACUAGAGAAAAGAGAUGUUUUAUCUGUGGCGAUGUGGGACACGUUCGAAGGGAUUGUCCAGAAUUUAAACAGUCAAGACAAAGAAGCAACGGUUCUCUCGGUAAUGGAGCUUACUUCUGAGUAGAUAUGCAUAGCACUGCACUGUUUGUCCUUUAUUCCAGCCUUGCUACUCAUGGUCCAGCCAAUGGAAUUGUUUGCAUUCCUGCUGACUGAUGCAGGAUUUGCCUCCUAUUCUUUAACUCUCUGGUUUUCAGCUGGUGGUUUGAGACACAUUAGUGGAUCAUAGCCUGAUCCAAAGUGGGUCAUAACAGGAGCAACACCACCAUAUGGUUAAAUAUUAAGAAAUGGGUCUCAAAAUGCAUGUUUGGGUUAAAAGUGUGUCCUUGGUCUGAAAAGGUUGAAGACACCUGCUCUAACCCUAUUCACAGGAGCCAAUAUUGCCUUCCUUGGACCUCUCUGGCAGAGGACAUAGUUGCAAUAGGUACAGGAAAUAACGUUUUGUCUGCAUAAAUAAUUUUGUCUGCACAUAUCAUUGCUUUGGACCGCAGCCUAUUGGUUUCUUAAUCUGUAUUAAACACAUUCUUUACACUUUAUCACUUAGGGACUCCGUUAGUCCGAAGCCUUGUAAACUCUCAGCAAGUAACUGGAUCAAUUCAACAGCAAGUGGAAAGACCCUUACGUGCUAGACAGACAUCAGAAUGUGUAAGUUUCAUUUGAUUCAGUAUUUCUGAAUUAAAUUUUAUAUAAGAAAUCAAUUUCAAUUGUGUAAGUAAUAUAACAACAAUGCUUGUGAAGUGUAUUGCUGUAAAAAGGCCUCUGUAGAGUUCAGAAGUACAUAUUCUUGCAUAUUUAAGGAUUGAGACAACAAUUUAGAGCAAAUGGAGGAGCCAAUGAAUUAAGAUGCUAUUGGUGACUGAAAAUUAGUAGGACAUUUUUAAAGUUAUAUGUUUUAUUCCAGUGAGAGUUCAAGUGACUGUUUAUCAGUGGUAGGGCUUGUGCUACAGAAUGAUUUUGUUCAGAUGAUAGUACCUUGCUUUAAUAAGCUGAUAUAGGAACAAGAUCUUUGGCCACACAGUCCCUUUGUAUGACCAAGGAAACAAGCUAGGAAAUUAACCAAAAUUUCUGGUUUUAUGAACCAGCAAACUAUGGUUAAGAGCUUUGGAACAAGUCAGAAUAUAAAGCCAACUUCAAACUAUAUUUUAGAUUGUUCUGAAGUUUGUAACCAUAGUUCCCUGAUUCAGAUGAACUGUAAAAUUGAAGUUACAGUUAGGUAGCCUUGUUGGUCUGCCAUAGUUGAAACAAAAUAAAAAAAAUCCUUCCAAUAGCACCUUAGAGACCAACUAAGUUUGUUAUUGGUAUGCACACGAAAGCUCAUACCAAUAACAAACUUAGUUAAAAUUGAAGUUAACGAAAAUGUUCUGGAUUGUUUGUUCCCCCAAUAAAGUGAAGAACAAACAGCAAAGCUUGUUCAUGUUUCAUAUAUUAAGUUAAGGUCAUCUGAACUCUCCGAGUGAAUAUGGUGAAUCUGCUGUCAAUUAAACCUUAUACUUUUAACUCAGGCUUCCUCAGACUCGGCCCUCCAGAGGUUUUUGGCCUACAACUCCCAUGAUCCCUAGCUAGCAGGACCAGUGGUCAGGGAUGAUGGGAAUUGUAGUCUCAAAACAUCUGGAGGGCCAAGGUUGAGGAAGCCUGCUUUAACUGAACUUGCAGUCAUGAAGAAUUUAGUUCUUCAUAAAAAGUCCUCACAAUGGAUAGUCCAGCCCUAGUCGUAGCCUAUCUCAACUCAAAGACAGUAGUUUAGUAAACCUAGAGCUCAAGAGACUCCUUUGUGAAGACUUUUUAGCAUUAAGUGCUUAAAUGGAACACUUAACUAACUCAUGAACUAAUACAAACUACAUCCUUUUCUCCCCUCUCCAGUCUGAUUCGCGUCAGUCAUCUUACUCUCCACAGCCUCAGCAAUUUACUCAGAAUUCCUCUCCACCAACCUCCAUUAACCAGACUCAGCCACAACCAAUAUCCCAGUCUAAGCAUGCUCUGCAGCCCCAGCAAGGGGCACAACCACCCCACCAGGUCCAGCUGCCUUUGUUUAACUUUCCCCAAUCUCCCCCAGGUCAGUAUGCCACCUUGCCUAACCUGGGACUAUUUCAGAUGCACCCUCACCACCACCACCAUCACCACCACCACCACCACCAAAUCCAACUUCCUAACACCUCGUGGCCUGUUAUUCACUCUGCACCGGGUAAUCCUUCUCACGCGGCAAAUGUUCCUUUUUCUGUGAGGGCUGGCAGUAGCAGCAGCCCGCCCAAUAACCAGAGCAGCGUAAGCCUGAAUGAUCCCAGUAUCAUCUUUGCACAGCCUGCUGCCAGGCCUGUAGGAAUCCCCAGCAGUACUCAUGAGGGACACUGGCACAACCCUGUGACUCUAAGCUCACUGGUGAACAAUGGCACGGUGGGGAACUCAGGUAACUCUCCUCUCUUGUCUCCUGUUUUGUACAAAUACUGACAGUUUCUUUGCUUAACGUUUCUGAACCUGUUCAUUCUGACUACGCUGUAUAUUCUGGGGUGCAGAUGAGGAACCUUUUAGGAAAAAGAUGAAUCGCCGUGUAUUUGCUUAGGCUACAUAAAAAGUGGGUUGGGUUUGGAAGGCUGUUUUCAUAGCAUUUGACAAGUUAUUUAAAGAGAUAAUAGUUUGAGCUUUCUGUCAAUAAACUUUGAUUCGAAAUCGGAGUCUGAACUUCAAUAGGGAUGGGCUUCAAAGAGUUCUGUGCAUCAGCAGAAAGAACUUCUGCCCAGUUUCCUUUUGAGCUGCGUCCAUUUAAUACUGUGCUUCAGGAGCAGCUUGAGGUGUGUGUGUGUGUCAAGGAAAAGGAACUCAGUGUAUGAAGCAGAACAUUAAGUACAGCCCUUUGGAUCACAUCCUAGCUAAUUAGAAACCCUGCACCACCUUUCCUUGAAAGAUCAGUGUACUGUUCUGAGGCUCAGUUUGAGCCAGGGCCGGAAACUAGCUUUCGGUGCUAGGACCUCAAAAAAUGAAUGGUAAUAAAAGCGCCUCUGAGUAAUAGAGUACCUGUCCUUUACCACUGCAGAACCACAACUGUAUAACCAUCACUUAGUGAAUAAUGUAAAAUGGAGCAGAUUGUCUCCUAUUGGUUUUACACGACUCUUUAAUUUUAAUUUUUAAUUAAAUUUAUAUUCCACCCUAUACCCGCAGGUCUUCAACUGCUUCUAUUGUAUUUCUUAUCCAUGUAUGCAUAUUUAAGACUGCUUUCUGCAUGCAGAAGGGAACUACGUAUUAUAGCACCAUGAGCUCUUGCAGCUCUGCAGCAAUGGAUACUUUUAGUCUAUUCAUGGCUCCUUGGGUCCGAAAUCAUCUUGUACAAGCAGAAAGGCACUUCCACAGGGCAGCCCUUCUAAAUUCUUCUGAUUUCCCUUUCCUAGUGCAGCUGCCCAUGUCCCAUCCCAUGCUGUUCCAGAGGGCCCAAAAAUAAAAUUAAGUAAAGAGAAACAUAAUUUAAGAAAAUACUCUUACUGCUGUGCAUUUUGCUUUGCAGGAUGGCGAUUUCAAAUACAGUAAUCUUUUCUCUCCUUUUCAUUUUUGAAUGAAAACUAGAUCAGGGCUUCCCAGGACAGUUUGGUAAAGCGAACCCUCCUCCUCCUCCUGUUCCUUGGGACCAUGGCACCCCAGCCCAUUUUCCUCUCCUGCGAGGGACGUGGCCUUACAAUAUUUCUCCGAACUACAUGCAGCAGGGAAAUGCCAGCUAUCCAUUGAAUAAACCUUUCUACCCUCAAGGUAGUAUCUUCAUGAAGUAACUUUCUCACCUUUCUGCUAUUAUUUUUAUUGGUUUUGGUUUUAGUUGUUGUGAUAGGAACAGCUGUUGUGCUAGUGCGAUGUCAUACUGGGCUCUCACUCAAGAGAUAUUUUCUAAGUUGCUUAUCUAUAAAAAGCUGCAGUCUUUUCUGAAUUUACCGUAUCUGUAUAGCAACCACUUCCAUUCUUUGCUGUGCACUGUCUGUUCUCUGCCUGUUUAAUAGGAAAAUAAUUCAUUGGUUUAACUAAAUGUGAACUUGCUUGUGCAAGUAGAUAUCCCAGAUACCAAGCUUUUGGGGCAUCUUAUGAAGCCCCUACCUUGAGGUGGAAAACCUGUGGCCCCAUAACUCACAUCACCCUUGAUGACUGGCCAUGUUGGCUGAGGGUGAUGGGAGUUUGCCUCCAACAAUAUCUGGAGAACCACUCUUCUUUCACCCUUGCAAUUUUUGUUCCAUCAUGAUAGUCAUGCCUCGGUCCACAAGUAUGUCAGCCUAUUUCUUUUCCAUAAGUGCCCCUUUCUGCUGCUAAACUUGCAGGAAUUUACAAACUCUCUUUCAACCUAAAUGUUAAAUUGGAUUUGGAUAGUUUCUGCUAAAAUAAUUGUAACCUGUUUUCUUUCAGCUGGCUUACUGAUGCAGAACAACCAGCGGUUUUCACUUCUGUCCCAAGGACACCCACACUUGAACAUGAAUUUCAUUCAGCAGAAAAAAUGA